GGCCGGGGUGCUUUCCGGCGGGCAGUGGGGGACCACUUUCCGGCGGCGCCCGGCGAGAAGCGCGAGUGGAGGCUGAGGCGGGCGAGUUGGUUUCUAACCGGCGGGAGCCAGCGUCCGAGGAACUGGAACCGAGUGGGGCCGGGCCUGCGGAGGUCUCCAGAGCCGCGAGCCCGCGCCGGGCAGCCGCUGCCUCGUCCUGCUUCUCCCCUGAGGCGCCGCGCGGCUGGGAGGCGGAUCCAGGCCUCGGCCGGCGCCGGGCCUUCGGGGCCCUCCCGGGCUCAGCAUGCCCGGGGUGAAGCUGACCACCCAGGCUUACUGCAAGAUGGUGCUCCACGGCGCCAAGUACCCGCACUGCGCCGUCAACGGACUGCUGGUGGCCGAGAAGCAGAAGCCACGCAAGGAACACCUCCCCCUGGGCGGCCCUGGCGCCCACCACACCCUCUUCGUGGACUGUAUCCCCCUUUUCCACGGCACCCUGGCCCUCGCCCCAAUGCUGGAGGUGGCCCUCACCCUGAUUGAUUCAUGGUGCAAAGAUAACAGCUAUGUCAUUGCUGGUUAUUAUCAAGCUAACGAGCGAGUAAAGGAUGCCAGUCCAAACCAGGUUGCAGAAAAGGUGGCCUCCAGGAUCGCCGAGGGCUUCAGUGACACAGCCCUCAUCAUGGUGGACAACACUAAGUUUACGAUGGACUGCGUGGUACCUACCAUCCAUGUGUACGAACACCAUGAGAACAAGUGGCGCUGCAGAGACCCACACUAUGAUUACUGUGAAGACUGGCCGGAGGCCCAGCGCAUCUCCGCGUCGCUCCUGGACAGCCGGUCCUACGAGACGCUGGUGGACUUUGAUAACCACCUGGAUGACAUUCGGAAUGACUGGACGAACCCCGAGAUCAACAAAGCCGUGCUGCACCUGUGCUAGGGAGGGGGUCAGGGACCGGGCUCCGGGCGUUUCCACUGCCCCGAAGAGGAAAAGCUAUUUUUAAGUGUAGAUAAACGAGCUCGUAGCCUGUGUGGAAAGCUGGCCCGUUUCAGAAGUGGCCCGUGCCUUGGAGGAGGCCGGAAGGUCCUGUCCGCCGUCUGCCUCACGCAGAGCGUCUGGAACCGGUCCCGAGCGUCCCGUCGGCCCGUCCCUGUGGCGUCCUUCCCAGUGUACGUUACUCUCAUUCUCAAAUCAAAGCCACUCCUGCUUGUCCAAGAUUGUUCCUAUUAAACAGUUUUAAUUAACCUUU